AUGCACUCAACUUGCGCCUCCCAACCUUACAACCCUCACUUUCAUCAGACAACCGCUGAAAUGCUUGGAUUACUUCCGCUCUCGACACUCUUACUCGUGACGCAGACAAUCGCGUCGCCACUCACACGGAGCGACUCCAAGCCACUUCCUCUGCUCAUCUGGCAUGGCUUAGGCGACAACUAUGCUGCAGACGGUCUGCACAGCGUCGGCGACCUCGCAAACGAGACAAACCCUGGCACAUAUGUAUACUACAUCCGGCUCGACGAAGAUGCCGGAAGUGAUCGAACAGCGACGUUCCUCGGCAAUGUUACCGAGCAGAUUGCGCAAGUCUGUGACGACAUCGCGAAACACGAGGUUUUAAGCAGGGCGCCAGGUCUGAACGCGCUAGGUUUCUCGCAGGGUGGGCAGUUCCUUCGCGGACUGGUAGAGCGCUGCGGCGACCGUAUAAACGUCAAGAAUUUGGUCACCUUUGGCAGCCAACACAACGGUAUUGCAAAAUACCAGCUCUGCAAAGAUGGAGACUGGCUAUGCAAGGGCUAUAUCAACUUGCUCAAAGCUAACACCUGGGGCGCAUGGGUACAAGGCCAUCUCGUUCCAGCGCAGUACUUCAAAGCCACCAACGAGACCACCGGCGAACCUACGGAAGAGUAUCUCGAAGCCUCCAACUUCCUCGCUGACAUCAACAACGAAAGGGUGCUCAAGAACGUCACUUACGCGAAAAACCUCGCUGCAUUGGACAACUUCGUCAUGUACGUCUUCGAGGACGACACCACUGUUAUACCGAAGGAGUCGGGUUGGUUCGCGUAUACGAACACCACCAGCAAUGAGGUCACGGAUCUGAGGGACCGCGACAUCUACAAAGAGGAUUGGAUUGGGCUCAAGAAGCUUGACGCGAAGGGAGGUCUACACUUCAAGACUACAGAGGGUGGUCACAUGGAUUUGGGGGAUAAGGUGCUGAUAGAUGUCUUUGAGACCUAUUUCGCGCCGGAGAAGACGGUUUGGAGUGGCAUUAUCGACGAGAUCCAAGAGAUUAUUGAGUUAUAA